UUUAAACUAGUCAUAUUUGACUAUUUAGUUUAUAAUUUAUACUUUUGGUUUCAACAAAAACUUAAUGUAGUAUAAAGAAAAUGUAGUUUCAAGUUAUUACAAAAUAGUUUCAUGCCAACACUUUAUAGUAUUAAGCUUAUACCAAUUAUUAUAUGAGUGAGACUCAGUAGUAUAAAUAGUAUACUGAACAUUAAAUAGUUUUUCAUGGUGUGAAACUAGGACAAUAGCGAAUAUUCGAACAUAUAUUUUGGUGUAAAACCAGGACAAUAGCGAGUAUACGAACACAGAAAAUGCUACCGGAGUUGGCGUUGUUUGACGCGUUAAUGAUUAUUGUGAUGAUUUAUCUCGGUGAGUUUGGUCCCGCAUUUUUGUGAAUUUUGUGCCGAGUCAACAUAUGCAAGUGCUUUGCGCACGCGUACAGAUGCAUAACGCGAAGGAGCUAACGAACUCGACGUACCGCCUUUGUGCUGUCAGAACAGCGAGUGCCUUCCGGACGACGCAGCGCUCGUCAUUGCAGGCCAAGUUCCCCUAUGUGAACUGGUGCGGGAGCCACAGAACCAAGACCGAGGUGAAGAGGAGUGCCAGGAUGCAGAGCGUCGACAACUGGCAGGCAGCCUGGGACAACUCCAGCAAGGGACGCUGGACGCUGGACGCAAGGGUAAAUAGGAAGCACGGCCAGGUAGAUUUCUACCUCACGCAGGCGCUGAGUGGACAUGGUUGCUUCCGAAGCUUCCUUAAGCGCUUCGGACACGACACGGAGAACGGUUGUCCAGAGUCCGGCAGUGGGAUUGUUGAGGACGAUCAGCAUGUCCUAUUUUAAUGUCACCGCUUCGGGUCUGAUCGCCAAAUGCUGAUGAAGACCACCGGGGCAAGGGUUCGGCCAGCGACGGCAGCCUACGCAGCGAGUGUACUGCGAACGCUGCUUCGCAUCGAGAAUGAGAGGAGAGAAGCUACAGCCUAGGUGGCUACCAUUGCGCUAAGCAAUACCUUGCGGUGAUACCGCGCAAUCACGGCCCCUACUCUUGUUGCUUGUACUUAUUUUAGUCUGUAUAUACGUGUUAGGUAAAGGAAUAUAAAAAAAAACACGAAGGAGCUAAAAACAUGAGUUUUGUGUUGCGCAAAAUAUGAAUAUUUAUGAAAUAAUAACAAAAUAAUAUGUCAAAUAGUAAUAAAAGAAAAACAACAUA